CGCAUGGGCCUCCAAGAUGGCCGCCGGCAAAAUGAUUACGUAACAUGAAAUUCGUCUAUAGGGAUAAACAGACGACCUAUCGAAAGAGGGCAGAAUUGUACCAAUGGUGGGGCCGGAUCUGAAUUCCUGGCUUGUUCAAAUGAAAAGUGGCAGAUGAGAAAUGACAACCUGGCAGUCCCUCCCCCAUGGCGCAAGGCCAGACAAGCAGCCCCAGUGUGGAUAAGUCAUGGAAAAAGCGACUCACACAGAAAGAUGUGCAACAUGCUCAGAGGAACGUCAUGGCUUGUGGAGUAGCAGUGUUUCUGCUUUAUUCUGACAUGAACAUUUUCUUUCUGAGUGCAGUUCUGCAGAUUGGCAGUCAUCUGAUAUAUAGAGGUGUCGUUAAUUGUCGUGCUAGUAUUCAGUAUUGUCUCCGAUGUGUUCAAAUGCCUCUCGUACUAUGUCUUCAACAACAAACUGGAAGUCACUCAGAUACAGAAGCGACUCCUUGGGGUCAAGGACAAUGCCUGUAGCCCAUUCGCAGCUCUGCUCCAUGGCAAGAAUAGCCUGGUAUUCUCCAGUAGUACUCCAUCUAGCUCUCAUACUGCUUAUUGUCCGUUCAGCGCCAUCUGACAAGAUGACAGACUUACAGUCCCUGUCAGUGUACCUGAAGGAGCAAGAUGAGAAAGACUACAAGGCAGCUCUCAGUUGCCAGGACAUGUCACUGAACAGUUCAUCAUUCUGGAGUUAUGGCCGUCCAAGCCUGGACCUGAGCCACGUGUUCCGUAAUAACCAGUUCCAGCUCGCCAGUCAAUCCCAACAGAGCCAUAAGUCGUGGACGAAUGAUAGCGAUAAUUUGGGAGAAGAGCUCUGGAGGCCUCUGGGAGUGACAGAUGAUGAUCUGUUCCUCUGGAUUGAGCGCCUCAGAAAGGGUUGGGAAGUGAUGGGUGUGUCAGCGAGUUCUUGUGGAAUCGAGGUGGUGGUGGGGGCCAGUACGGGAAACCAUGGAGCGAACAUUUGUCCACAGAUACUCAGACCUUGAGAAGGAUAACUUACUGCUAUACCAUACCAGCAUUAAACCACCACAUAUCCAAGUGGUCGUUAAAGACACUGGGUUCAACCUGCCCAAGAUACACUGUGUUGUGUGUGGAUAAGAAAUGCAGAGUGGUACCACCAGUGACCUAAGCCACCAUUCACCUCACAGACAAAAGGCUCAUGGGGACAGUCCCUGCAGUCUACAGCAAAGCUCUCAAUUGUAGCCCUACGAACUUCAGAUAUUUCCGAGGGCGCCUGGGUGCACCGGGCCGUUUUUCCAGCUGUGCGGAAUCAGCAUAUCCAGCUGAACUGGUGCCGAGAAUAAUAUCAAACUCCCCAGCAGAACGAAUGCCAACCAAGUGUUGCUGCUUCGACAUGGUGGAGGACCCAAAUUUAACUGACUGUUCUGUGACAGGUAAAGAACGCAUGGAUGAUUUCCUGGAUAUGGACAAGACCCACUCCCUGCAGGGAUUCAGCAGAAUAGAGCAGUAUUGAAAAACAAGAACAAAACUUUUUAAUGAACACAAAACACUUUCGUUAGAAUAACAGAGGAAAAAAGCAGCAAUGACGAUAAACUGAAGUGAUUGGAGUUUCACCACGAUAUGAUACCAUAAACAGUCAUCAAGUCGGUCGGUCUUGCAGGUGGUCUGUGCAAAAGUGCAAAAAGUUUGUGACGCAAACCAAACUACUUAGACUUAAGUUUUCAAGAUUCUGUCUUUGAACUUUAAACAUAUGUUUGCAUGAAGUGAAGAUGUAUUUGACAUAUUUAUGAUAUGGAUCAGUCCAAUAUUUGUUAGAGGGGGGAAAGGAUUCUUAAAAAUCUGGUGAUGCAAACAAGUAAUCAUUUUCAAGACAAUAAUGAAUUAUAAAUAUUUAAAAGAUACAUACUGUGGAAAAACUUUGUAUACAUACUUAUUCACAUUAGUUAAUAAAAAUCUGGACUCAGUUUGAUCUGUACCUAGCAAGCAAUAAUAUGCAAAAAAAUUAACUUUAUUAUUCAUAUAAAUUUAGUCUGAUGCCUUGAUUAACAGGUGUGAAAUAAAUAGCACAACAGCCACCUAUUUGUUUGACUAACCACUGUGCAUACACUGAUAUAUAGCCAUAGAUAUUAAAGUGACCAUUAAAGCUGCACUCUCACAAAUUGACAGUUUUGACCUUUUUUCUUUAUUUUGUCUCAGAAUCAAUAUAAUCAUAUAAUGAUAACACAACUUAGGUCUUUCCAGAAUUAGUGUGUCAUUUUGUAGGUAAAAACACGUGCAAGUAUAAAACCGACAGGAAAUUUUGGAUAUUUGCUCAGUAACCACAACAUUAUGUCAUACUUGUUGUAUUCAUCAAAAGCUCAUGUAGCUUUAAAAUUUGUGUACAGUUUUCCACAAUUCUGUCAACUGCAUGCUGCAUUGUUGCUACAGUUAAAGUGAAUUUUCCAUAAAAUUGAGAUUGAGUUUCAAAGAGACAAAACAUAAAUCAGUCAACAAUUCAUUAAAUGGAGAUUUAUUGCAUUGAUGAGAUAUUGUUGCACCCAAUUCUAGAAUAUUUGAGCCUUAGGCCAUAAUAAUACAAAAACCUUGUCAUAUGUACACAAACAUCAUUCAAUAUAAUUAUUUUAAGAGAUUUGGUAACACGAGUACUUAAUUAUAACAUUUUGUCAAAGUUUGUGAAUGUUUGUUUUGGAUGUUCAGUAAAUAUUUCUGAAUAAAUUCCGGUGUUUAUUCUUUUCUAAAAUCAUCGUAGGUUUUCCACUGACAUGGGCAGGCAUAGAAUAGCAUAAAG